GCUCACGCUCCGUCUCUCUGCCGUCUCCAGCUUUCGUUCGGUCGGCCUCUCUCUGUGGCCCCAUUACUGGGCGUGUUAUAACUGUGCUGGGUAGCUCUCUCCUACGAAUCCUGCUUGUCAACGAGGGGGAGCUUCAAACGUCAUGAACGGCGUUGGGUCACCUUCUCCGCCGCCACCUGGCCGGUCAAUCGACAUUGAACUAGGUGGACAAGAAGUUAUUACUAUUGAGCUAGACAACCUCGACCCAAAUCCGGACGAUCUACUAGAGGUGCUCAGAGAGGGCCAGUGCAAGGUGUGGAUAUGGACGAGACUUGCGGCGGAGUACUGGCGGAGAGGGCUUGUGGAUGCGGCGGAGAAGAUCGCGCAGACGGCAGUCGAAACCCUUCAAGCCACCGGCGCGACAGCAUCAUUACCACCGGUCUACUCCUUCCUAGCGAACCUCCACAUCGCGCGAGCCUCCAAAGCACCGAAGUUGAAGCUCCCUAAUGCUCGGCAAGACGUCAUUAAGGAGAAGAUCCGGGACGAAUACAACCGAGAUGCCGCGAAAGUAUUCAACGAUGGAGAACGCGUUGCAUCAGAGAAUGGGCAAAGCGGCACGAUGCUUGCUAUUCUUACAAGGGGCAUUCUCCAAUUGAGCACUGGCGUCUGGGAUGACGCCGCGAGGACAUUCGACGCGGUGCUCGCUGAGAAACCGACAAAUGUUGUGGCUUUGCUUGGCAAAGCCAAGAUAGCAUACGCACGACGACAAUAUUCUCAGGCUCUCAAACUCUUCCAGAAGGUUCUGCAGCUAAAUCCGAACUGCCAUCCUGACCCUCGCAUAGGAAUUGGAUUGUGUUUGUGGGCGAUGGAUCAUAAGGCCAAGGCGAAGUCUGCGUGGCAGCGCAGUAUUGAUGUGAACCCUGGGGAAUGGUCUGCGCAGCUUCUACUAGGCAUCGAGGCCCUCAACACCAGCAAGGACGAGGCCCAGUCUGAAGAGGACCGCAGGGAGGAGUUUCUCAGAGGUACUCGCUUGAUUGAGAAGGCCUUCAAUGCCAACCAGAAGAACUCUGCGGCGGCCAACGCCCUAUGCGAGCUGUUCCUCCAGAAGGGCCAGACCAAACGGGCACUCAAGCUCGCAGAGCGCACCAUCCAGUUUGCUGAUGUCAAGGGUAUUGUGUGCGAUGGUUACAUCCGUGCUGGGCGCAUAUGCCACAAAGAAGCUUCAAUCCGUGACGCCAUGACCCAUUUCCAGAAGGCGAAGGAGACCAAGAAGGACAACGUUCUUGCAACCAUCGGCUUAGCACAAUUGCAGGUGAAAAACGAGGAGCCUGCGGCUGCUAUCCAUACCCUCGACACCUUCAUGCAGACGCCUGCGAACCCCAAGUCGGUGGAGCUCAUGGCAAUGCUCGCCUCCCUGCGAGCGAUGCCUCGACCAGGAGUGUCUAGCGCAGAUAAAGUCGAGGAAAAGAAACGUGCACGCGAGCUUUUCGAUCGUGUCAGCAAAGCUAUCACCACCCCCGCAGAUGGCCUACCACACGCCAAUGGCCACACACAACCUCCUAGCUCUUCCGUGCGCAAGCUCGGGGACGACUUCGAGAUGUUCAUCGAGAUUGCCAAGCUUUACCAGGACGAGAGCCACGAGAAGAUGACGCUUGCGUACAAGCAGGCGCUGAAGAACAGCGAGGUUAGCGGCAAGACCGAACCGAGGCUGGUCAACAAUCUCGGUGCCUUGCAGCAUCUCGAAGGCCAUCUCGACGAAGCCCAGACCUUGUACGAGACUGCGCUCACGCAGGCUGCGGGUCUUGAUUCGACUACGGCGGAAGCGAUGUCCACGUCUAUCUUGUAUAACCUCGCGCGAGUAUACGAGGACCAAGGUGAGGAGAUGAAGGCAAAGGAGGCGUACGAGAAGCUCCUCACAAGGCAUCCGGAGUAUGUCGAUGCCAAAAUUCGACAAGCCCAAAUGCUGGCGGGCCUCAAUCGCCACAAUGACGCACACGAACUCCUGAAGCAGGUUCUCUCCUCCCAGGCCAACAAUCUCAACCUCCGUGCCUUUUACACCCACUUCCUCAUACAAUCCAACCUCCCCAAACCCGCCAAAGACUUCGUCUUCCUCACCCUCCGUGACCACGACAAGCACGAUGUCUACUCAUUAUGCGCCGCCGGCUGGCUCCAGUACCACCAAGCGCGUGAGAACCGUGACGGCACGCCGAAGGGUAUCGAGGACCGCAAGCGCGCCUUCCACCGCUCAGCCGAGUUCUACGAGAAGGCGCUACACCUCGACCCUCUCUGCGCUAUUGCGGCGCAAGGCCUAGCGAUCGUCGUCGCAGAAGAUGCCCUAGGGAACCUCGGCGGCGCGCUGGGCACCAUCGCCCCCGAUGAGGCACAGAAGCGGCUGAAGAACUCGCGCGAGGCGUUAGACAUCUUCGCGAAAGUGCGGGAGUCGAUCAACGACGGGAGCGUGUACGCAAACAUGGGCCAUUGUUACUAUGCGCGCGACGAAUUCGACCGGGCGAUUGAGAGUUACGAGACGGCGUCGAAGCGGUUCUACAGCAACCAGAAUGUGCCUGUGCUGCUGUGUCUCUGUCGGGCGUGGUAUGCAAAGGCGAACAAGGACCAGUCAUUCACUGCGAUGAACACUGCUCUACAAUAUGCUCAGAAGGCUCUACAUCUCCAUCCAUGGGACAAGGCAACACUCUACAACAUUGCUAUGAUUCAGCAGAAGGCGGCAGAGCUCCUCAUGUCUGUGCCCGCCUCGAAGCGGUCCCUCAAGGACAUGCAGAAGGCAAUCGAGCAAGCGACUCACGGCCAGAAGCUCUUCGCGUCACUCGCGGCCGACAAGUCCCCUCAGGUCCCGUACAGCCGCGACAUCGCGGACCAGCGCCGGAAGUACGGCGAGAGCAUGCUCCGGCGGUGUGAAGAGCACCUCGCGACGCAGCGCCAGUGGGAAGCCGAUGCGCAGGCCAAGAUCGAGGCCGCGCGGCAGCGGCGGCAGGCCGAGAAGGAGCGUCUCGACGCUGCAGAGCGCGAGCGCCAGGAGGAGCUGCGCAAGCAGGCCGAGAAGCUCGCGGAAGAACGGCGGAUCGCCCGCGAGCAGGCGCUCGAGUGGACGCGUGAGGUGAAGCGCAUGGAGAGCGACGAGGAGCGCGAGAAGCAGACGAAGAAGGCCAAGCGUGGGAAGCGCUCGGAGAACGUCAGCGGGGACGAGGGCGCCGCUGGCGAGCCGAAGCAGAAGAAGCGUCGCGGAAAGCUGAAGAAGGCGGCGGAAGAGGGUGGCGAGCUUCCGGAGGCAGAGGAUGCCGCCCUCUUCAGUGGGGACGAUGAGGAGCAGAAGCCUCGGAAGCGCACUAAAAAGCGCGCCGUCCGAGACGACGACGAUGAGGAAGAGGCCGCCGCCGUUCCUCGGAAAAAGCAGUACAAAAGCAAGGAAGUCAUAUCGGACUCCGACGAGGACAUGUCGUGAUAUCUGCGCUUUCGUUUGUUGCCUUCUAUAUCUCGUCCCAUUUCGCGAUCGUGCUUUGUGUAUCCAUCCUAGUACAUUUGUAAUUCAUACUCGACUCUCAACAGGUGGGCGACUGCUUUUGGCCACCCUCAGUCACCCCAGUCGAGACCCAGAGCGUCCUGCUUGCCACCGCGCACGGCGCCCUCCACAGCCUCCGCCAACGCUCGCAGUGCCGCCCUAUCCUCCUCACUCUCGCGCGCCAAAAGCAGUUUCCCUCUCGACUCGCCGAUACCCAGAGCUUCAUGCAGCGCCUCUUCUCGCUCUUCCCCACGCAGAGCAUCUAUCGAACGUAAAAUUUCUCGAAGACGAGGGUUUGAGCCAAUGACGCGGCGAAUGACCGGUGAUGUCGCUAUCGCUUCGUAUUGAGGCAGCUGGAGCGGUUUUGGAUCGUCUCGUUUGAGAGGGUCUGGGAACGCAGAUUCCUCCGGCACGUAAGGCCAGUUGAGCGAAGUCAAAGGUCUGAUUUGGACCUCGUUUUCGUCGGUUGUUACUUUUCCAGCACCGUCUUCUUGGGUUGUCCCGGCAUCGGCUGCAUCUUUCGUGCUACGAAAAGGGAUAUCUUGCUGCUGUUCGCUCAAAAGAGAGGGUGCAGUUCGCGAAGACGACGCCGCAGAUGGCUGCCUCGCGGAACAUGUUUCUUGAUGUCUCUUGUAGCAUGGCACAGAGCAAUAGACCACACGGCAUUUGGCGCAUGUGUACUUCGAUUCUGCAGACUCGCAGAUUUGGCAAGCUGCGCGUUUGGGAGCCAUCUUUGAGUGUAUUUCACACUAUCGUGAGAUGUGUGUUGCACUGUUCCAUGCCC